AUGUCAGAACACUUUAUGCAGGAGUUCCGCUUUGUGGUGCGAAGACGAGGAUUAGAUGGGAGGGCUGUUAGUCGCACUUUGAGACGACGCGGCGUUGUAGAUGAUGCUGGUCUGUCUGCACCAGUUCCACAGUCGCCACAACUGCUAGAUGGAUAUCCUGGAGGGCCAUACGAGCAGCAUAUUGCUCGACAUUUAUGGUUCGGCGAAGAAAGAAGUCUGAAAAAGGAACUUAAAGUUGCAGUACACAGACUGAAGCUGAAGGAUAGGGUUCCUCAUUUGCUCCCACCAAGGAUGGAGCGUUGGGUGGAUAGGUCAGGUUUGACUUCUCUCCAGAGAACCAGCCUGACCAAGAUAGACACAAAUCUUGUUACACAAUUUGUGGAGAGGUGGCACAUAGAGGCAUCGUCAUUUCACAUGUCAUUUGGUGAGAUGACGAUUACAUUGGAUGAUGUUUCCUGUGUGCUGCACUUGCCCAUUGAGAGUGUGUUAUGGUACCUCGAUCAUGUCACUGAGGACAUGGCUGUUGAGCUUGACAUUCAGUAUUUGGGAGUGGACAGGGAUGUGGUUGCCCGACAUAUCCGCGAGUGCAGGGGCGCUUAUUAUUCACUGCAGUGGUUAUAUGACAGAUUUGGGGAGCAUUGA